UUGGCAUUUUGAGUUGGGACAAAAACGCAAGGCAAGUUGUUGGUCUUUUUCGCUGUCUGCAGACGGAUAAAAAGUAAAAGAACGCAAAUCGAACGCGCCGCGAACGUAUUGCAAAAUCGCUUAACUCGCGGCGCCCUUGAAAACGACGAGGAAAAGCGAAAAAAGGCUGCGAGAGCUAGCGCAAAAUCGAAGAAAAAACUGUGUAUGUGCGUGCGUGUGAGUGUAUGAGUGUGACGUGUGCGUCGCUGUGUGUGUGAGCGAGCUGGCAUGCAGAUGUAGAGAUGUGUGUGCGCUGCUGCUGCGGCUGUGUGUGCGUGUAAAUUGAAUAAGAAAACGGAGCACAAAUGGCACUGAUGGAAAAUUUAUAUGUGCGCUGAAAAAUUAAUUUAUUUGCAAAAAGCCAAAGAGCUGCGAAAAGUAAAGUGACAAGCGGAGAGAUGUGCAAAAUCGAAAGAACGAAAAAUUGUGGAUUGCCGACUCUCUGCAGAUUUGAAGAGAGUGGCAGCGAAAGAGAGACAUAGAGAGAGAGUUUGUGUAUGUGUGGGUGUGAGCCGCCUUUGCCAGGAAAACUAAAAAGAAAAAAAUUCCCUGGCGUUAAAAUUUGCACAAAAAAUGUUGAAUUCGAUUGUUUGCUUUCCGCAGUUCGGCGUUUCGCUUUUUUUUUUUGCACAAAACUUUUUUCGCCAAUUUUUCAUGCACGCUUUUUCGUUUAUUUAAUUCCUCUCUCUCUCUCUCCAUCUCUCUCUCACUCAUUUUUUCGCUCUCCGAAUCGACUCUCUCGCAGUGCUCUCCGCUUUUUGCUUGUGCACAGCCAAGUGUCAAAACUGUCAUUUACCUUCCUUUUGUCCGAUUAGCAAAACGCAACGAAAAACUAAUAUCCCAUCCAAAUUAAAUUCGUGGCCGUUCGCUUGUUUUAAGUUUAUUGUUUUACGCCAAGAAACAAGUAAUUUUAAAUUGUUUGACAUACGCGAUUUCAUUUCUACAAUUUACUGCAAUGUGCUAGUAAAACUGAACCGAUGAAAUUGAUUAAUUCUACGAUAAAGAUAUAGCUGAAUUAAACCAACAAAUUGAAAACCUAUGCGUAACCGUGUGACGACAAAGUGGAGAAGUGCAACAAAUUUAUGAAUAUAGAAGUAGAUGAAUAGAAAUUCCAAGUUAACCAAGAUCACCAAAAUAUUUUCAUAAUUUCUAAGAAAUAUUUUAAGUGUGAUACCAAGUUUUGAAACCACGUUUAAGCAACAAGCCUACUUUCGAAAACGAAUCAUCCAACUGUAGAAACUGAAUCAAAUCGAAUUGAUUCGAUUAACAGCUGUGCUGUACACAUGCACCGGUGUGUGUGAGAGGCUGCGCGCGUGCCUCAUCCCCUGAAAAUUCCCAGGAAGCACUGCCCUUGCUCCGACGCCAGCAAUCAGCCGCAGCAGCCACAGUAGCAGCAGCAGCAGCAACAGUUGCAGCCACAACCAGCGGAACAUCGCAGCAGCAGCAGCAACAGCAUCGCAACAGCAUCAGCAACAUGUUCGAUCGCACGGUGAAUGCCAAGUUCAAGCCGGCUUCCUCAAAUGCCGGACCUGGCAACAAUCCGGUCCGUCGGAACUCGAUGCUGACACCAUCCCGUGGAGUCACUAUCGGUGGCACUGGCGGUAACAUACGCAAGCUGACCAAGGUCAGCUCACUGACCAGCAACCAUCACUUUGCUGUGUGCUAUCCACCCAGCAACAUCUAUCAGAAUAGCAACAAUGCCGGCAGCAAUUCGGCUUUGCAGCGCACCACCAGCGAAAGUUUGCGUUUGAACAUGAUGAGUCGCGUGGCAGCUGGAGCGACACCCACAACGGUGUCCAGGGCCAGUAGUAACUCCAGCCUGGCCACAUCCACCUCCACAUCGCUGGCACCCAAGUCCAGCAGCAGCAGUGGUGGCAGCAAUUCGACACCGCAGCAGCAACAGCAGCAGCUAGUGAGCAGUAACAACAGCAGUAGCAGCAGCAACAACAGCUUCACCAAGGCCAGUUCGCCCAACAAUAAUGGAGCACGUUCGGUGGGCGGAGCAGCUACGUCAGCUGCUACUGGCACAACCGCUGCAGCAGGCAGUCAUCAUCAUCAGCCACAUCACCACCAUCAUCAUCAUCAUCACCACCAUCAGCAUCACAACCACCAGCAGCAGCAGCAGCAACAGACUAGCCUUAGCCAAGGACACGCUUCGUUAACCGUUGCCGGUGGAUCAGCUUCAGCUGGUGGUGGUGGUGGCGGCGGCAGUGGAAGCUCCUCGGGGACCGCCGCUGGUGGCACCAAUCGCAAACCAAAGACGACUUCCUCAUUCGAGAUCACCUCGGUGACGGUGGGCCAUCCCAAGUUGAAUGCUGCCGGCGAUACUGGAGACGAGUCGGCCGAUGAUCUGGACGAAUCUCACACGGAUGACAAUAGUCGGAUAACGGACCUGGAGAACGAGACGCCCUCCAUGUCGGAAGAUACGUUCUCCAAGGAGGAGGUGUACUAUGCCAACAAUGCCCUCAGCACCAAUGCACCGGUGAUACCGACUAGCUCGCAAUACGGCCUUGUCGUGGUGGAUCCCAUCGCCCCUUCGUUGGGCCAGACGAUCCAGAAUGUCCAGGUCAAUGUAUCGGAUAACAUUAUCAAUGUGGUGAGCGGUGCCGUCACACCGGGCGGCACCAAGAAGAAGGACGACAUCAAGGAGACGCAGCACCGCAGUGAGCGGUUCAAGGUGGUCAAAAUUGAGUCCACGGAGCCGUUUAAACGAGGCCGUUGGAUGUGCAUGGAUUACCUGGAUCACUCGAGUGUGGGUAAUGGCGGUAAUAACAACGAAAAGACUGGCUCUUCUACUUCCGAGGCGCACGCCGCAACAACGGAUGGCGGCGCAGCAGGUGUUGGCGCUGGAUCUGAGGCUCCGGCCCACAAGACCACCCAAAGUAUGAUUCUGCCACCCACCCAGAAGCUGAACGAGAAUCAUUUGGAGGCCAACUCGACCGAUGCCAACUGGAACUAUGCCGAGCAGCAGCAGCAACAGCAGCAGCAGCAGCAACAACAACAAACAAUAGUUGGCAACGCCCUGACCAAGACAUUGCCCGUGGCUCUUCGCAAUGUGAGUCGCAGUUCCUCGGUAACCCGAAGUCCUAAUGCCACAGUCGAGUUCUUAUCUCCCAAUUUGCUUGCCCAGCAGCAACAGCAGCAGCAGCAGCUCUUCGAUAGCGUCAAUGCCAAUGCUGCCAGUUCACCAAAUCCCGCCGGUGACCCCAACAACAUGGACUAUGCGCGCACGGCGGCGAUGCAAUUGCAUCAAACGUUGCAGCAGCUCAAGCAGCGCGAGGACGCUAUGGACGUGCCGCCAGGGGCAGGAGGUUAUGCCAACUAUCAAAACGGUGGUGAUUCAGCUGUUGGAGCGGCUAGCAACAACAACAGCGCUGCAGCUGCAACUGGAGAAUCGCAGCUGAGCACCAGCUACGUUGAGCAACAGCAGCAGCAGCAGCAGCCAUUAUCCCCAGCACCACUAACGCCCCAGGCUGCACCCACAUUCGCAGCUGUUGCUGCCGGACAGUCGCCCAACUUCCAAUUGGAGCAACAGCAGCAGCAGCAGCAAGCAACAUCGCAGAUAGAUGGAAUAGUCCCACAGCCAUUUAACCCACAACAGCAGCAGCAGCAGACCCCACAGCAAUCAACAGCUCAGCAAGCAGCAGCAGCAGCAAAUGCAACAUCUGCAGUGACUGCACCACCACCACAACAGACUUCAAACACUUCCAAUGCAGCGGUAACCACUGGCCAGGGUCAGACAAUGCCGCUGUUAUCACACAUGACCAGCUACGAGCAGCAGCAGCCUAAUCUAGGAGCAGCAGCAGCAGCAGCAGCCGCAGGAGGCACUGCAGCAACAUCGGUGGCUGCACCGCAAGCGAUUCCCACGCUGCAAUUGCAGAGUGCUCCCUCAACGAUUGCCGAUCCGCAGCAAUUGAUGGUGCCACAGCAACAGCAGCAGCAGCAGCAUCAGGAGGAGCAGCAACAGCAGCCGCAACAACAACAACAACCGCUUCCGCCAGCAAAUAUCGCGAGUGCUAGUGCCAAUAAUAGUAAUCUAAACCUAACGAAUACGAAUGUUGUGGCCACCGGCGAGGCAACAACAAACGCGCUGACCUUGACCGAUGAACAGGCGACCGCGGCACUUGCAGCUGCAUUUGCGACCGGCGCAGCAGCAGCAGCAACUGGAGCCACAUCGGCAGCGGCAGCAACGCAGCAGCAAAUCCAACAGCUACAACAGCAACCAAAUGCAGAGUCCGAGACUGAAAGUGCAUCUGGAACUAGUGCAGUUGCGAUUGAUAACAAAAUCGAGCAGGCAAUGGAUCUGGUCAAGUCGCAUCUCAUGAUAGCGGUGCGCGAGGAGGUGGAAGUGCUAAAAGAGCGCAUCUCCGAGCUGAUGGACAAGAUCAACAAGCUGGAGCUCGAGAACAGCAUUCUCAAGUCGAACAUCCCGCAGGAGACACUGCAGCAGCUGCAGUUGCAGCUACAACUCGCCGCACCGCCGGCCACGCCCGCCAUUCAAGCGGCACCGGCGGUACAAAGUGUCGUUGCUCCAGCUGCCGCGGGUCAGGCAGUUCAGCAGCAGGCCGCUGGAGCGGUAGCGGUAACGGGUGUGGCCACCAGUCCAGCGUCCGCGGUGGUACCCACGAGCAUUCCCAACGGCAGCGCCGAGAACGGCAGCAGUGCAGUCGAGUCAGCAGCGGUAUCGGUGGAGCAGCAGGUGCAGCAGGUGACAUCAGCAGCGGCAGCAGCAGCAUCGGUAGUCACAGCCAAUGGUCCCAUGUCCUAAACAGUUGCUGCUGUGGCCCGAACACACAGUGUUUGUUUUUUUUAAGGCGCCCACGCACCGUGGUGUGUGUGGGGGGAAAUGAACGUUUUUAAGAAUGAAAACCGUAAUGUUAACUCAGCCGCAGUCUCUUUCUUAGUCGGAGGAGGCGGGGCCGAGGAGAGCAGCGAAAGUAUUAGGCCAAUAACAACAAGAACAGCAAUAGCAGCGCAGCGGCAGGCAGACUCACCCAAACAUGUUAAGUUCGUGUUAGGUAGACUAGCCUGCUGUUAAGAAUUGUUAUGUUGUUGCUGGCUGUUAAUCUGCUGCAGCCGCCGUUUUGUUAAUUUCUCGAUUGUGAUAUUUGUUUAACACACAUACAGACCACCACACACACACACACUCAUACGCAUUUACACACACAUCCAUACGAAAUACACACACAAACACACAGAUAGACUGCACGCUAACAGCGGCUGCGGCUGGCGCUGUUAACGUCCGCUGUUAACUCGAAGCGAGUAUAGGAGUUCUUUUAAAUAUCGCGCUGCUGCGCCUCCACAUUUUUGUUUAAUACCUUUUAUUUUUGUUUACCCGUUUGUUUCCACGUUGUUAACGCUACGAAAAUAAAAACAUAAGAAUCAUAAACAAACACCCAGAACACCACACCACAAAACCAACUCACCAAAAGCUGGCUGCAAAAUAAUACUUGACGAAAGUAAAAUUUUUGGCCAACGGGGAAAAAGAGCAGCAGAAAAUGCAAAAAUACAAAUCGAUAAAGUGUACUAGAGUGCCAGGGAAAACACACAGAAAAUGAAUAGGGACAGAAGGGAAAAUAAAUGAAAUAAUAUGUGAUAAUUUGCAUUGUGCAGUCAGAGACAUAAGAUGUAAAUUGUAAAAAAAAAAAACAAAAGCAAACCCGAGAAGCAAAGGACAGGAAAGUAGGAUUCAAAUUUCCAAACAUUCAACAUUGAUCGAUAAAUUAAAUACAAAUACAAUUUAAUGAAACAAGAAAAGGCCAGCUGCUAUUUUUAUAAUUUACCUUUAAUCCUAACUUUUAUUGUAAAAAUACAAGGGGAAAUAUUAACUACAUCAUAAAUAUGAAUAUGUUUCAAAUUAAACAAUGGAUAACAAAAAAAAAAAGUAGUAAAUUAUAGUAAUUCUAGCAUAUUCUCAAGCUAUAUUUCAAAGAUUGUAUAGCUAUUCAAAAAAAAAAAGAAAGAAAACAACAGCCAAACAGAAAAAGAAAGCUUAUCAAAAUUGUUUGUUAAACUCUAAAAACUAUCUGCAAACAAAAAACCCAAAAAUAUCUGUAAAUAUUGUGUAAAACUAAAAACUAAAAUUGAGAACAAACUUCGAAAGUCGCCGACGAGGAAGAUACAUUGCAACAAAAAUUUAAAUCACACAAAAUCAACAUGAUGGAAAAGCUAAAAUUGUAAGAUGAAGACAAACUCGUCCUAUUUUUUGUUAAAAUUAUUUAGUCGAUAAUUUUGGAUUACUCUUAGUUGGAAAAUUCCUUAAUGUUCAUACGAAAUCUGUUAUAGGAUUUUCUACACAUUAACUAUUGCGUUUCACAACCCGCACUCUUAGACCGACAAGACCACAAGAUAAAACCACAAAAAGAUCCAGAACUGCUGCAGCAGUAAAAAAAACGGACCAAUCUCCAAAGAGGUCUCCCGCCUCCCAGAGUUGUCCCUGUCCGAAGUUGGCCGCCCUGUAGACGCCCAGUUUUGCAAUGCCAAAGUGCACUCACUCGUUUUUGGGGCAGGGCACACGAUUCUGCCCCAGAGAACACAAAAUGCAGCCUGCGGAGACGCAAAUUGUCUAAGGCUAGCGUGGAUUAAACAAGAAAAUUAUCAUCCAAAAUGAAAAGGGAUUAAAACCAAAUAUGAUACUCCAACUCCAAGUGCCGAAAACUAGCUGUCUACAGGGCAAACACCAAUGGACAGACAAAUCAGAUAGACGGACGGACAGGACAGACUAAUGUCACAUCCCCCGAACACAGUAAUUCUGUUGAAAAGUAUUUCCCUUUAUGAUUUUUGUAUUCAAUUCAGAGAACCAUCUUCAUGCGUUUCAUGUUUAGUUCUUCUCCUAUGAGUUUUACGACUUAAGCCUCUUUUUAAGCUAACUAUUAAUUUAUUAAUUAGUUUGUAAGCGCAAAAAUAAUUAAAAUACAUCUAAACAAAAUAACUGCAAACAACCUAUAUUAAAAUAAAGGAUAAUAUAAAACUAUAUUGAAAACC